AUAGAACGGCCCUAACACUACACAAGUAAAUAUGCGUACCAUGUUGGUCUCGGUGGCUACUAUGGUAGCAAUGGUGUUGCUGGCGGAAGCACAGAAUCUACCAGUACAGCCGAUCAAUGGAGUCGCCUUUAAACCAUCCAGAGAUUUUUGGCCCGGUCCUGGUGCCCUUCCUCCCCGAAUGCCUCCAUCGAUGAUGAACUUUAGGCCAGGAAUGAGAAUGCCGCCUUUCAUGAUGCCCCGGAAACCACAGAAAGGAUUUUUUGGAGGAAACAGUCUUUUCCCAAUGAUGUUUGCUUCAAAUGUUAUUGACGAAGAUAUGCUACCCUUUAUGCUCAUGUCUGGUAUGGGCAUGUAACACCAGUUAAACUACCGCCAAAGAUUAUCUGUUCUCUUAGCUCCGCUUCAAAUGGAGAAUAACACAUUUUAUUACCGGAGCGGAAAUGUACAUCUGACAGGGUGUGAAAUGUUACAAUCUUUCUGAUUGGUAGAUGAUUCGCCGCAAUCAACUCCAUAUAACAUGGACGACGAUUGGUCGGGUGGACAAGUGAUAUGUUGGUCAUCGCGUUUUUGUAUGAGAAGAUCUGGUUGAUUGUUGACAUGGAAUAAAGUGAUUUUGUUAUAAA